AUGCAAUAGAAACUUCAAUUAAUUGGGAGUUUACUGAAAACUAUUUUUAGUGAUUUAUUUCUUGCAGGCUUUUAUGAAGUUUUAGAUGGUAUGAUGUAUAAGAUGAAAAAUUAGAUAAAUAUUUGGAAAUAGAUCAAUAUUAAAGUACAAUAUCUACAACAUCUAGAAUUGAGAAAGGUAAUGAUAAUGUAGUUAAUGAGGGUUGAGGAAAAGUUCAGAUUCAAGAAGAUAUGAAAAUUUGAUUAGAAAUAGAGAUAAUAGGAAAAAUAGAAUGAAAUAGUAAUUCCUAUAAUAAAGAAUGGGAUUGUGUAUUAUGUUUUAUAUAUUGAUUCUGAACACUUGUCACGAUUUAAUGAAG